AUGUCUGCCAACAACAACAACACUUCCACCCUCAAGUCCUACAUCGAUUCUGCCACCGGCGCUGCCCAGAAUCUGGUCGGCUCCCUCACUGGCAACGCCAGUGACCAAAAUCAGGGAGAGGCCAAGCAGCACAAGGCCGAGGCCGAGCAUGAUGCUUCUCACGCUACUGCUAAGCUCCCCGGUUUCACUGCUACCGCCUCCGGCGUGACCAAGGACGACCCCAACCGCUCUGGCGGCGCCUGGAACCAGACCGUCGGCUCUGCUAAGGAGACUGUCGGAGGACUUGUUGGUUCCGAGAAUCUGAAGCAGCAAGGUCGCCAGCAGAACCUUGAGGGUCAGCAACAGGAGGCCAAGGGCCAGCUCAACGACUACACUUCCGGCAUUGGAAACCGCCUUCAGGGGACUGUCGGUGGCGCUGUCGCAGGCCUGACUGGUGACAAGGCUGGCCAGGAACAUUACCAGAAUCUUCAUGACACAGGAAAGACCCAGCAGCGCGGUGCUGAGCAUGAUAUCCAGAAGCAAGCCGAGGCGAGACAGUAA